CCUCUCAUUCGUGUGGAAAACUUCAUAGUGUAAUGUCGUCUGCGAGUUGAGUUCCAAACUAAAUGUUAAUUUGUUAAUCUUUUUAAUUCAUAAUUAUAAAAAUAGUAAAAUUAUUACAAUAACACAAAAAAAACAAGUGCAGUCUCCAAAUUAAUAAAAAUUAUUACAAAAAAGUUCUAAAUCUUCCUACAAAUUAAAAAAAAUUGAAAAAAAUAUCGCCCCAUCUCUAUUAUAUAUCUAAAGUGUGAAGAAGAAAAAAAAUCCGCUUAUUCAAUUUUUUUUCUAUAUAUAUGUGAGGCCAGCCUUUAGCUUUCAAAUAGAAAAGAGAAAAAAUUAGAGAGAAAAAACACCGAAAAGAUUAACAAAUCAAAAAAAAUAUACAUAUUUUUAAUUAUAAAUUGCAUUGUGCAACUUGGAUAUAAUAUUUUUUUCUACUUACAAAAAAGAAAAAAAAAUACUUAGAAAAAAUUGUGUAUCUCUAGCUUGUAUACUCGCUUGGGAGAGAAAAAAAAAAAAAAAAACGAGAAAAGGAAAAUCAAUAAAUUGAUCGGCAGCCAUCAUUUGUUUCGUCUCUGUCUGUCUUAUAUCCCUGUUUUAUCUACUCUGUCUCACUCUCUCGCGUCUCUCGUUUUUUUUUGUGUAUAGUUUUCCACAAAAAACACUACUACAAACAAAAUAAGCUAUUUAUUCUACUACUAUUUUAUUUAUACCAUUCAUCAUCCGUGUGUGUGAGUGUAUAAAAAGAGAGUGUGCUUGUGUGUGUAAAAAUAUAUACAACCACACUACCGUCGUCAAACCAAACAAAAUCCACACACAUACACAUAAGCAAUUCUAAUUCGACAAAAUAGUAUCUAUACCAACAACAGCCGCUUUCAUGAUGACAAACGCUCCUGGUGUCGAAGCGCAAGCUAUAAUACAAGGAGCUAAUCAGCAAGCUGCCGCUGCUGCUACCCAAGCUCAGCAACAAAUUCAGUUGCAACAGCAAAUCCAACAACAACAACAACAGCAAGUCCAACAAGCAAUAAUGCAAGUCCAACAACAACAAAAUCAGCAAGCUGUCGCUGCUGCUGCCGCUGCAGUCACGCAACAACUCCAACAACCCAAAUCGCCACUUAGUCAAAAUGGCAAAAUGGAAACAAAUGAAACUCGAACAAAUCUAAUUGUCAACUAUUUACCCCAAACAAUGACCGAAGAUGAAAUUCGAGCAUUAUUUUCGAGUAUUGGGGAAAUUGAAUCAGUCAAGCUGAUUCGUGAUAAAUCACAGGCAUUUAUCGAUCCGUUAAAUCCACAAAACUCCCCGAAAGGACAAAGUUUGGGUUAUGGUUUUGUGAAUUACUUGCGUGCGCAAGAUGCCGAACAGGCUGUGAAUGUUUUAAAUGGUUUGAGAUUACAAAAUAAAACUAUAAAAGUAUCAUUUGCUCGACCAAGUUCAGAUGCUAUUAAAGGGGCAAAUUUAUAUGUUUCAGGGUUGCCUAAAUCGAUGACACAACCUGAGUUAGAAGGUGUGUUCUCACCCUUUGGAACUAUAAUUACAUCGCGUAUAUUACAAAAUGCCGGUAGCGAUAAUCAGACAAAGGGUGUUGGUUUUAUACGAUUUGAUAAACGUGAAGAAGCUACCCGAGCUAUAAUUGCUUUGAAUGGUACUACCCCUAAAAAUUGCACAGAUCCAAUUGUUGUGAAAUUCUCAAAUACACCGGGAAGUACUAGUAAAAUCAUACAACCACAAAUUCCAGCGUUUUUGAAUCCACAAUUGGUGCGUCGAAUUGGGGGCGCUAUGCAUACACCGGUUAAUAAGGGUUUGGCUAGAUUCUCGCCGAUGGCUGGAGAUAUGUUGGAUGUAAUGAUUCCGAAUGGUUUGGGUGCUGCAGCAGCUGCUGCUGCUACAACACUUGCCACUGGUCCAGGUGGAGCAUAUCCCAUAUUUAUAUAUAAUUUGGCACCAGAAAGUGAAGAGAGUGCUUUGUGGCAACUAUUUGGACCAUUUGGUGCGGUGCAAAGUGUUAAGAUUGUUAAGGAUCCAACAACAAAUCAAUGCAAAGGUUAUGGAUUUGUAUCGAUGACGAAUUAUGAUGAAGCAGCUAUGGCAAUUAGAGCACUUAAUGGUUAUACUAUGGGUAAUCGAGUGCUGCAAGUGAGCUUUAAGACCAAUAAGGCAAAUAUGAAUGCUGUCUAAGCAACUAGGUAGAAGGGAUGAUACAAAAUAAAUAUAUAUAUAUAGUAGAUAUAUAUGUAUUCCCAGUCCUUCUCUCCCUUAAAAAAUAUCUCUCUACUAUCUCUCUCUCUCACAUACAACAAACAACAACACAGACACACAGGAUCCAACACAGGAAGUAUCUCUCAUUUGUAGUAUCUUCUCAUAUAUAUAUAAAAUUUAUAUAUAUAUAUAAUAUAUUAUUAUAUUAUUAAAAAAAUAUAGAAAUAAAUUAUUUUAUUUAGUUAAAAAAAAAAAAGAAAAAGAAAAUUUAAACAAAAAAAUAAUAAUGAUAAAUAAUUAAUAAUAAAUUAUUGCAAACACAUUGUGUUUUUUUGGAGAACUCGCAAAGUAUAUAAAAAAAAGCAGCUCU